AUGUCUGUGUCGCGACAGGUCGUGCAUGCCCCUCCAACACCUCCGACAGCCUGCCCUUUACGUCGUGACGCAGGACUGCGGCAUCUCGCAGCGGCAGAUGUCUCCGUGAAAUUCAAGGUGCGGCCUCAUGGAGGAUCAUCAAACAUGUCUGUGUCGCGACAGGCGGCCGUUGCAGAUUCGUGUGACUGUGGCGCCAGUGCCUUGAGGUUGUGGAAGGAGGUCUUCUGCACCUCUGCUGCACCUGGUCCGGCGAGAGAGGAGGGCCACCGGCGGCGUGAUGUGCCCCAGGAGCUGACGUACCAGCUCAUGGCUGGCCCUAACGUCCUUCAGUUGCGAGUGAACGCCUCUGCCGCCGGGGCGGGGCUGGCCCUAGGUGUGCUCCGCUGGCUGUGCGGCGACGUCCCAAGGACAUGA